GGAUAUCAGAGGCACGAGAGUCACUAGAUUGGAGUGUUCUAUACCAUGUCAGUGAGAGUGAUUAGAUUGAUUUCAACCAGUUUGGAUAAAUUAAAAUAGAUUUGAAAUUUUGAGGAAUCAAAUUCAAAUUAUUCGAAAGAAUUGGUUGAAAGUAAUCUUGCAAACAAUAUAUACAUAUUUUCGCUGAAAGACCGUAAGUUUGUGAAUUUUUUUUUUGUAGGGGUAAUAUAUUUCAUCUGAUAUUUAUAGAGUUAUGCUUUCAAAUUUUAUUUUUGAAAACGAAUCAGUUACAGAGACACAAUAAACUGAAUUAAAUUGCAUAUAAAUUACACAAACUCGCCAUUAGGCUAAUCAAUAUGAGAACAGUCGAAUGUUAUUGAUUUGUUUGGAAUAUUGGGACUUUUUUGCACGAUUAGUAUAAUUUAUUAAAACUAUUUGUUUAUACUUUUACACAUGUACUUAAACGUAAGACAGCGUUUAUAAGUUUUGGAGUGCUGGGAAUUUGGCUAAUUCCCCGUAAAGUAAGGCUGCAGGCAAGUACUAACUGGAAAAGUAAAUGUGACAUAGGUCGAUUAGGUCAAAUGACUGUUUAUGCUUUAUCAUUUAAUCGUCUGUUGUCCGUUACAAUCUCUGCAGAUAUUGUUUUAAACCUCCUGAGUUUAUUCUGAGCCCAAUCAAUUGGUGCUAAGUCUACAAAGCUUAACAGAUAAACUGCCUUGGAAACGUAGCCAUAGACGAAUACUGAAUAUAAUUUCUUUUUGCUUUUAGCACGCGAUUCAGACAUUUAUAUAAGAUUUAUCAACAACCCCAGCUGCUAGAAAGCGUAAAGCAGAUAUUUGGCAAAACAAGUUGCGUGCUUGACGAAAAUUGAAAGAGAAACGUAAAGGAUUGCAGAAAUAUUGGGACAUUUCGAACGGUUUUUUUGAUGCUUAUGGCAUACAAAUUUUUCUCUCAUAACGAGUCUGUAUAGGGAAAGGCCGUUUUAUCCUCAUAAUUUAUAUGUUUGUCCCGUCACUUUUUUAUCAACUAAUUUAAUAUAUAUACAGCAUAUAUAGCAUAUAUCCUAAGUGUAUUUAGAGUGAGUGAGAGGCCUUAUGUAACGUAACUAUUUCGCUAGAUCCAUAGAGCAUAUGUACAUUGCUAUUAGCGUAUAUAUAGAAAAUAUAUUUAUAAAUAUGCGUUUGUACUACUAAAGAUGGUAACGAAGCGUAAAAUUCGCACUUGCAAACUGUAACCAUCUACGGGCCUCUAUCGGGCGUCUAUUUACUGUGUCUUACGCUUCGCUAAUGUCCUUUUCUCCUCCUCAAGCUUUUAUUCAACAUGAGUUCUGUUUACUUAAUACCCGUGACGUCUAUUUGUAUUUGUUCUUUGUUAGUGUUUCUCUGUAAAAGCGACGCUAUACUAUUCACAUUUAAUCGCUUUAUAAUAACGACAAGAAUUAAUAAUAUAUCCAUUAGAUUCCCAUAAUAUGGACAAUUUCAUAAUUACCCACAGAAAAAUCUAUGACUCUGGCGAAUAAUUAAAAGUAUGUUAAAUUAUACUUAUACACGAAGAUGCUAGAAUAUUAAAAAGCGAAAGCAGAAUAAUUGUACUAAUGAAUUUACCAAUAAUCAGUGUAAUAUAUACACACAUCAAUAGAACUAUGAAUGACACUAGUAUGUUUGGCGAACGUCGCAAAUGUAGAGUGCAAACAUCGCCUUCACUAUCGCAUCAUUUAUUAGAUGAUUGGUAGGAUUGCUAUAGAACGGUACUCUUGAGAUUCUUGCGAUUCAGCCAAAUGAUUUGUUCUUUUUCUAAUUUUAAAUCUAUGUCAAGAGAAUUUACCUGUCUGAAAUAUGUUAGGCUUCUCUCAUAUUAGCCUACAAAUGAAGACGCCUAAUGUGUCUUGCCCUCUACUUUUAACGCGGAACAGUAAUUACGAGACACGAGUUGUCCUGACCAUCUGUAUACUAUUUCUUUUUUUUUGAUUGAUUUUUCUUGUCUUCGCUUUAGUCAUUUCUCAUCACUGCGUCCAUGCCCUAAAUUGUGUCUGAUCGAAUGUGUUUGUUUUAGUUGGGAAGCAUCCAUUACAUAAGCCAGAAAAGGAAAAAAUCAAUAGUCUAUACGUAAUCCUUUAAUGCUCAUGAGAUUAUUCUCCGUCACCGAAUUGAGUUAUCUCUUCAGGCUUUAUUAACUAUAAUAGCGACGGCUGUCUGGCAAUACGUUUUACAUAGAAUCUUGAAAGCAUAAUUCGGAACUUUCUCUUAUCAAACCUACGUACGUCACAUCAGUUUUCUUUUCAGUGCAAUGAAUGUAAUAUCAGCGACCUGGUCUUUUGAGAAAUGCAGCGUUACCGGGUGCAAGAAACUGGAACAUUUCAUUAUAGUUUAUAUAUUCUAAUCCACAUUACUACUUGCGUUUGUUAUGACGAAGACUAUAGGGAAAAACUUGAUGGAGGUAAUUUCCUGGCAACCAAGAGCCUUGUGUCCUUGUAUAAAGUAAUAGGAAUAUUAAAAAGGGAAGGCGAAUGAAAAGAGCAAGAUCGCUGAAAUCAAUAUCUCUAUAUUUUCUAUUCGAUAUACUAUAUAUUUUGCAUUUCCUUGCCAAAAAUUCGAGGUCAAAGCGUGAUAUCGUAUAGCAGAUAAAUAUACACUUGACGGAAUAAAUAGUGCUAAUAAUAAAUUAAUAGUUACUAUGAUGUUCGCAGCUCCUCCAGUGAUAGGAAAUAAUUCGCCAUCAUUCUUGCUUGGAAAAGAAGGACAAAACAUCGAGUUGUGGUGCUCAGCUACAGGCAGUCCUGAACCACAGCUAACUUGGUUAAAAGAUGGAAAUGAAGUGCUCAGCUCUGAAGACAUAAUUGUAGAUGGAAAUAAGAUUCGAUUAAAUAACUUGAAAAGAGAGGAUGGAGGGGCUUACCAAUGCGUCUUUAAGAAUGUUGUAGGUCAAGCUUCGCAUACCAUUAAGUUGAUUAUAAAAGGAUACGUAUACAUCAUGGAAAAACCUCGAAACAUAACCGUUCAGGACGGAAAUGAAGCGAAAUUUAUUUGUCAUGCUGAUAAUGAAUUUCAUAAUUCCACAUUCAAGUGGUAUAAAGAUAACGUUGACGUUCAAUUAGUACCUGGCUUGGGAACUUUACGUUCAUCGAUUUUAUCGGAUGGUACAUUGAUUAUCAGAAAUGUCAUAAAAAGCGAUAGCGCAUGGUUUGAAUGCGAAGCAAAAAAUGAAAUUUCUACUUCGGCUAAAGCAAAGGCGUUUUUAAAUGUAACUUACUUGCCAGUCGUUUUAACUUCCGACAUGACAGUUCUGCUACCCCGUAACAUGCCAGGACUACUCAGUUGUCCAUUUGACGCAAAUCCACCUGUCACAUCUGUAGUAUGGACUAAAAACGAGCAAGAAAUAAAGUUUUUAGACUACACAAGAGUUUACAAGAGGAAUCUUUCCGAUUUAGCUUUCAGAACGGUCAGGGAAAGUGACGAAGGUGCAUACUCUUGUACACCUUACUCAGCACUAGGUGCAAGUAAAUAUUCUCCACGUUUUCAAGUUCAUAUCCGAGAUCCUCCCUAUUUUAAAGAGAGGCCUAAAAGAUACUACCAGAAACAAGUUGGAGAUACAAUUUCUAUUCCCUGUGAAGCUACAGGGGAUCCAACUCCCACGAUAAAGUGGCAAAAGCAAAAUGGUCAACUAGAUCCAGAGAAAAAAUUGAUUGAAGACAGCCGAUUAGUAAUAACGUACUUAAGUAUGGAUGAUAGUGGUUAUUAUGAGUGUGAAGCGAGUAAUGAGGUGGCAACUAUAGUCACAACCACAUUACUUAUUGUCGAAGUGAGCUCUCCGCAUAGAGCUCGCAACAUCUCAAUAAAAACUACCGAAAAUACUGCAAAUGUCAAAUGGUUGCCAGCUUUUGACAGUGAUUAUGCAAAGCGUCAAGAUUAUUUUAUUUGGUAUAGAGAAAUAGAAAAGAAUACGAAACAAAACUGGACAACUAUUGCUGUACCGGAUGAUUAUACUAGUCUUCUAGUUGAAAAUUUAAAAUCUGAUACUCGCUAUGAAUUUGUAAUAUUAUCUCGUAAUAGCUUAGGAAAUGGUUUAUUUAGUGAAAGACACUUAGUAAAAACUAAAGGUAGUAAACGUCAUAUUACAAAAACUGAAGUAUAUCCAUCAGCAGCUAUUGCUAUUCCUCCUCCGGGUCCAAGGCCCGAUUCGCCAAGAAACUUAACCAUUAAAAAUUUAGGAGACACUCUAGAAAUCCGUUGGCUUCCUCCAAGAAAUUUAACAGUUCCCGUCCAAUAUUACAUUGUUUACUUUCGGUAAAAUAAAUUUAAUAUGAGUCCGUACGAAAGAAUAACUGUCCCUAAAGAAAAAUUUUUGUAUUUGCCAAAUUACAUAGAACUGUGGGUAAAUUCGAUGAUCUAUCAGGUCCAAUAAAUAAUGGGACAUCCUUUGAAUGGAAGGGUUUUUCCCGCGGUGCUAAGUAUCGUUUUAAAGUAUUCAGGCGAGUUUUACAUUCGAUAUCUUUAAAUUUUAAACAAUAAAACUAAUGGAGAGAAAUGUCAUCUUCAUAGCUAUAACAAUGGCGCCCAAUCGAAACCUAGCGAGGAAAUGGUUUAUCAUACUGGAGGUAAUCCUUAGCAGUAAAAUAUCGAGAUGAUAAAUAUGUGUUUUUUAACAUUUUUAUAAUAGAUCCAAUGAAAAAAGGCAUAAAACUAUCCAAGGCUGCAAUAGGUGGCAUAGUGGGCGGUUUACUUUUCUUCAUCUUCACUGUCAUAAUGUCCGUGUGUGGCGUUAAAAUCUUCAGUAGGAAUCACGAUAAAAGAGAGUCUGUUGUAAAAUACGGUAAGCCUGUUCAAAAUACUUUCUAUUUAUUUAUUAUUUUUAUUCUAAAUUAUUACUGCUAUUUAUACAUACGUUAUGUAUUCCUAAGGCAAUGUCAAAUAUUUUGGGCCAAGCAACCCCAACAAUGUGGAAAACAGAAAGUACGUAUCAAUUUUUGUUUGAUAUGUAUAAAUGAUUAAAUUGGAUAGGAUAUAUCGAAACAGCAACAAAUUUACUGAGUUGUGAUUUCAUUUAUUUUACAAUGCACCAGUGGAAGUAAAUCAGGUUCGUAAAUUGCAUGCCGCCUGAAUUAUAAUAGCUAAACAGUCUGAUACUCUGAAAACCUCAAAAAAAUCUUUUUCUAUUUAAUAUUUUCUUUAUCAGUAAUUUCUUGUGUCCUGAGUUUAUAGAUGUUGCAUUUUUAAAAUGAUAUGUAACAGGCAUACCUGUAACUGGUAAUCAAGAACCUGUUGAAGAAAAGAUGUUAGACCAAAGCCAGUUCAAUCAUGUUUUGUACAGCCACAAUAGAUUGCCUAUAAUACCGCCAAGUGAUCAAACAUCAGAAUGCGACCAUCUAACUUAUGAUCAUGUUAGCAGUUUCAGCGGCUACAUAACUCCCUUGACUCCUAUUGAUCGAUCCAGAGAUAGCCUUAAAGGGAGUGUGAAAGAAACUCCGAUCUAGUUUUAAUUCUCUACUGUGAAGAAAAUAAUUAUCUGCAGUAUUCUUUCUCGCUCAGAAAUAAGUGUUGCCGAAUUUCGAAGGACACACCUUUUGCUAAUUUGUUCUGAUUUAUUGGCAGUAAUAUAAUUUAUCAGAAGAUAAUUAAUUUAAUUUUGUAGCUGUCAUGAGUCGAGAUAUACGAUAUAUGAAUGCGUUAAUGUAUAAGCUUGUAAUAAACAUACUUAAAUAGUUAUGUUUAUUGUACUAGUUGUUAUUUUUUGUACGUGUUCUUUCAAAAAUUUGCAAUAAAUGAUACAUGCAACAUUUUCUUCAACCAAACAUUGAUUAAUAAUUAAAUAAACUAAAUUAUCAUUUAUUUCAAUGCAGCCAAAAGUGCUUCAGAUUCGCUGUCACAAUCAAAGAUUUUUAUUUUCAGUAGUUGGCAUAGCAGAGGGUAAAUAUCCACCAUCGAUGCCUUUGUUGUUUUUCCAUUUUCUAUAAUAUCUGGUCCAAAAGCGUAAAAAAUUCCUUGCAUGUCCUUCUCUGCGUUAUCGAAUCCAUGAUUUCCGUUUAGUUUUUUCUCUGGGUUCUUUUUCAUAAAUAAAGUUAAACCAAAAUAAAAAUCAUAAAUUUCAUCGAACUUACAUAAAAGACAUAAGGUAAAUCAGUGUAGGCAAAUAUGUCGCCAACCCUUGGAUGUUGUCCAUAAUGAAAUCUUUCCGGAAUAUCUUCUCUUUUGUGAACGUUCAGGUGUUCGAUUUUUGAGAGUAUUUGAUAAAUCUAUAAAUAUAAUUAUUUCGAGUAAACGGUAAAAGUACUAGUUUACUUUGUUUUCUUGCAGUUUAUCUU